AUGAAGAUAUCUUAUAUCUUGUAUCUAGGAGAACUGUAUGAUGAAUCCAAUGCUCUGGCUUCUCCUCUACCUCUUGAAGUAGAGAGAACUAUUCAGGACGUAGGACGCUUUGUGCAGCGCAACCGACUUAGUUUUGAUCUGAAUACAGAGAAAACUUUCCAGGAUCUAGGACAAUCAAUCUCCUCACAGCGAGCCUUUGAGAAGCUGGGACAAAACGUUCAAUCUCUGAAAAUUCAAGACUCCGGAGAUAUCCAAUAUUUGAACGAAAUCUCUGAUCCAACCCUGAAAGCUGAACCUCAGUUAAUUCUUCACAAAACUGAGAUUAUCUCUAGAGAAUCGGAGCAACUAGUUCGUGAGCCCCACCAGAUUAUCAAUCAAGAAACCUUCCAGCUUUUAGAGCCAGAGAUACGCGACCUACCCGAGGAGCUGACUCCAGAGCUGGAAUUUGAGGAACUCGAUCCAGAGCUGAGGAACCCUGGUGUGAACCCACUGGAGACAGAAAACCUGAAACCAGAACUGAGAACUCAGGAAAUCGAACUGAUAAAUCAGGCAGAUGAGCUGAUAACAGAGCAACCCGAGCUGAUAACAGAGAACCCCGAGCAGAUAGAGCUGAUAAGUGAUAAUGAGAAGCUGUUAACCCUAGGGAUGCAGGAGAACAACCGAAACCCGGAGGAGCAGGUUUCAACAAACCCAGAAAACCAGGUUUCACAGAACCCGGAGCAGAUCAAACAGGAUGAAUUAUUACAGCAUAAAAUGGAUUUGAUCCUGGAGGCUGAGGAGCUAAACAGAGAACUAAAAGCACUGCGGCUAGAAGCUCUUGCUAUGGAUAAGUCUGAACUAAAGAAUUUAGAUCUGGAUAUAGACCUAGAAAAAAGUCUGCUUAAUCAGGAUACAAGUUUUUUCAACCCGGAUACAGAUAAACUAAACCCGGAUACAGAUCUACUAAACUUGGGCACGGUUCUACUAAACCCGGAUACAAAUCUACUUAAGGAAGAUGAGCUGAAUUCAAGUUCCCUGUCAAUUCUGUCUUCAAGCGACGAUGAGGAUUUUCUGACAAACUUCAAAACUCAAGAGUUUGCGGAUUUUGUUGAUUUCAGCCAUCUUUGAAUAUCUCUAGUCAUUGUUACACAUCUAGUCACUUCGCUCUAGUUAUAGUCUUUUUUGUUAUAGUUGUACUUUUAGUUUUUGUUAGUUAUUUAAUAAAAGAAGUAGUUUA